AUGCCAGCUGUUGGGCUCGCCGCAUCUCACGGCGGUUCUGCCGGUUGCACUUCGGAUCUAGUUGCACGACCUCUGCAGCGCCCGCUUCGGAGCUUUAAGUUCCCCGCGAUUCUCGCUUCCGUCUCCGCCUCCCACGCGACGCCUCCGGGCCUCAGCCUCGCGCCGAGGUUCGGCCCGAGCCUGCUGUCGAGCCAGCCGGAUUCUGACGAUAUCUUUCCGUUACCGUCGGGCCCGGAGGAGCUUCAGCGCGCUGUGAUUGGCUGGCUGGAAGAGAAGGCGUCGCGCGUGCGUAACUUGCGCAAGUCCACUGCGGAAGCCGGCGGGCAGGCGCAGGUCACUCCGCGAGCGGGCUCGCUGGCGCUUGAGGCGCAACUUACCCGCGCAGUAACAUCCGCCCAUGCGCAUCUCAGUCGCGCGCAGACUUCGGCCGGGGAUGGCGCAAACCGCGCGCUAACAGCUCUUACUCGCCGACUCGAUGACGCAGUGACCACGGUGCGCGGGAAAUUGGAACAAACUGCGGGGAUCGGCGCGAGAUCUGGCGCGCCCUUGCUUGGUCCGGUUGCUGGAGUUGGUGCGCGGAUGGCGGUCGUGAAAGAGCGCGUGGGGAACGCGAAGGCGGAAGCGGAAGAGCGGAUGCUUUCUUUGCGCCGAUUCGGGGAGUUUUGGUGCCGAAUCGUUCAUGUAUACGGCAGCUACAAGGUUUGCCAACUCCACACCUCCCUCGCCCUCCCCCUCCCGGGUAACCGUCACCUCUCCUUACUCACAGACACACAGAAGCACGCAGCAUGGGAGAGGCAGCACGAGCGGGCAGCGGACCUGCUACACUCCCUCUGCACCGAAAUGCGCGGCUUCUUCCUUAAAGCGGGGCAGUUCUUAGCGAAGCCUGACGUGUCUCCCCCCGCGUGGGUGGCGAAGCUGGCCUCGCUGCACGAUGCUGCUCCUGCUGACCCGUUCCCGGUGGUGUGUGCGACGAUCGAGGGGGAGAUGGAGGCGGUAACUGGCAGGAAGGGAGUGAAGUGGACGGAUGUGUUUGCGAGGAUUGACCAGGAGCCUCUGGGUUCGGCCUCUAUUGCGCAGGUGCACAGGGCGUGGCUACACGAUGGGAGGAAGGUAGCAGUGAAGGUGCAGCACAGGGGGGCGCAGCCGCUCAUGCUCACAGACCUCGCCAACCUCAAGGCGUUCGGGGCGUUCCUUCAAAAGACAGAGCUGAAGAACAUGGACAUUGUGUCGGCUCUGGUGGAGCUGGAGAAACAGGUGCGGCUGGAGUUUGACUUCCGAAUAGAAGCAGAGGCAAUGGAGCGGGUUCACCUGGCGCUGAGAGGCGGUGGGAAGGGCGGAGAGAUGGCGAGAAGGAAACCAACUGCAGCAGCAGGAGGAGCAGCAGGAGGAGCAGAAGACGGAGCAGUCAAGAGCAGAGGUGGUGCUAAGCAGAGGAGGAGAGGUUCGAAACAGCAGCAGUCGGAACGCAGCAGUCACAUCAGCUCUUCCUUUCCACCAUCCACCUCCUCCUCUUCCACCUCCUCCUCUUCCUCCUCGCCAGUCGUGGUGCCUCGCCCUGUUUCUGGCCUCGUGAGCCGGCAGCUGCUGGUGAUGGAUCUAAUCGACGGCUCGCCGCUGCUGAGAGUAGCAGAGCAGAUGGGAAGCAAGGCGGAUGGAUUCUUUGCUACGAGAAUGAAACGGUCAAUAUUCCGUUCCCUCGGGGAGGCAUACGGGCUCAUGAUCCUCCGCGACGGUUUUUUCCAGGCUGACCCGCACCCCGGUAACAUUCUCAUCUGCCCGGACCGAAAGGUCGCUCUCCUCGACUACGGGCAGACGAAACAAAUCUCCCAGCAGCACCGGCUGCAGCUCGCCGAGCUGAUCCUUGCCGUCGGUGACGGCGACGCGAGGAAGAUCGGACGGCUGUACAACGAGAUGGGGUUCGAGCUGAGCAAAACGGCCGAGGAAAAUCCGGAGAGCUUCAAGUGGAUGGCUACACUCAUGUUUGACACGCGGUCGGCGAAAGGCGCCACGACAUCGAACCCAUUUUCGGAGGAGCAUGCGGCGCAGAACAACGGCGUGAAAAAGUUUCCGGAGGAUUUGUUUUUUGUGGUGAGGUCGAUGCAGCUGCUGAGGGGGAUCUGCAUGGGCAUGGGGCUGAAUGAGUCGCUUGCGGAGCAGUGGCGGCCGAUUGCUCGGCAGGCGAUUCGGGAGGCGCAGAGGCAGAGGCAGCGGCAGUGA